UCAAUUUACGACAUUUGCAAGUCAAGGAUAACCAAAACGCCUUCUGUUCUCUGUGUUGUGUCUGAAAAACAGGCGAAAUAACAGAGAGAUGGGGUUGGUGGGUGUCCAAGAAAAUGGUAGUGGAGAAAUGGGAAGGAAGAACAAGUACAAGAGAAUGGAUUCUGAGUUGACAGAGUUUGAUGAUGAUAAUCUUCAACUUCAUGAAGAUAGGAAAAAUACUACCAGAAAAUAUGUUCUUGCUUGUGCUGUUUUUGCAUCUCUCAAUAACGUUCUUCUUGGAUAUGAUGUAGGUGUCAUGAGUGGAGCAAUCAUAUUCAUUCAAAAAGAUUUAAAGAUAACUGAGGUACAGCAAGAAGUUCUUGUUGGAGUCUUGAGCAUCGUUUCGCUUUUUGGUAGUUUAGCGGGUGGGAGAACAUCAGAUGCCAUUGGCAGAAAAUGGACCAUGGGCUUAGCUGCUGUUAUCUUUCAGAUAGGUGCAGGUGUGAUGACACUAGCUUCUUCAUUCCAAACACUGAUGAUAGGAAGAUUCUUGGCUGGGAUAGGAAUUGGCUUGGGAGUCAUGAUUGCCCCUGUGUAUAUAGCUGAGAUAUCACCUACUAUUGCUAGAGGAUUCCUUACUUCAUUUCCGGAGAUUUUCAUAAAUUUAGGAAUAUUACUAGGUUAUGUUUCCAACUACGCGUUUUCAGGUCUUUCAGAACACAUAAGCUGGAGGGUAAUGCUGGCAGUGGGAAUUCUGCCCUCAGUGUUUGUUGGGUUUGCUCUAUUUAUAAUCCCUGAGUCACCAAGGUGGUUGGUGAUGCAAAACCGAGUAGAAGAAGCAAGAUUAGUGCUUCUGAAAACAAAUGAGAUUGAGAAUGAGGUUGAGGAGAGACUUCAAGAAAUUCUACAAGCUGCUGGAAUUACUGAUGGAGAGAAGUAUGAAGAAAAGGCUGUGUGGCGUGAACUGUUGAGCCCUUCCCCAUCACUAUGCCGGAUGCUAAUUGCUGGGUUUGGAAUCCAGUGUUUCCAACAGAUCACAGGCAUAGAUGCAACAGUCUAUUACAGCCCUGAAAUUUUCAAAGAAGCUGGGAUUGAAAAUGAUACAAAACUUCUUGCUGCAACAGUUGCUGUGGGUGUUACAAAGACUGUCUUUAUACUGUUUGCCAUGUUGGUUAUUGACAAAUUGGGGAGGAAGCCCUUGCUCUAUAUCAGCACAAUUGGAAUGACUAUUUGUUUGUUCAGUUUAGGUCUUAGUCUCACUUUUCUUGGAAAAGGGCAAGUCGGUAUUGCCUUCACAAUUUUGUCUGUUUGUGGAAAUGUAGCUUUCUUUUCUCUUGGCAUGGGCCCUGUUUGCUGGGUUUUGACAUCUGAAAUCUUCCCUUUACGUCUACGUGCUCAAGCAGCAGCACUUGGGGCUGUGGGUAAUAGAGUGAGUAGUGGCUUGGUUGCUAUGUCCUUCCUUUCUGUCUCUCAGAAAAUUACAGUGGGCGGAACAUUCUUUAUCUUUUCAAUUGUUUCGGCGCUUUCCAUUCUCUUUGUCUACAAAUGCAUUCCAGAAACAAAAGGAAAGUCCUUGGAGCAGAUUGAGUUGCUAUUUAAGAAUGAGCUUGACUGGCAAGGAAGUGAAGUUGAGCUGGGAGAUGUUGAGCAACUUGUGCAGAAAGAAUGACUAAUGAGAACUUGUGAAGGUUCAUUCAAUGAGCCCACAUGUUACUCUUCUUAUGAUUCAGUGACUGGAUUGCAGAGAAAGAAAAUCAUUCCAUGUCCAUUGAAUUUUACACACAUAAUGGAGCUACUGUCAAUAUGAACACAUGUAUCCAGAGGUAAUCCUUCCUGGCAUCUAUACGUGUCCAUGAGCGAAGGUGUUAGGAUGUGAUCAGUUAACGCUGCUUGAGUUGUAUUCUUUAUGUUUAGUCAGAGGCAUACCUAAAUUGAUUACAGUAAUACAUCCCUAUUAGGUUGAAAACAAAUAUGUUAGUCAGAGAAUGUAAUAUGUUUCUGGCAUGAAUUGCUGAUAUUGGUUUUUGUUUUAGGUGCUAGUCUUGUGAAUUGUGAUUAUUUUUUGGAGAACUUUCAUUUGAGAGUGUAAUUAAGUUGGUUUCUCUGUA